AUGGAUCAAAAGUACGACAUCGAGAGUGUGGAUGCGCAGAGACAUCAAAUCAAAGCCCACAUCACGCCUUUGAAGUGUCACAAGUACGUCGUAAGCCCCCGCGCCUGCCCGAAACACACAAAUUAUCGAUUCGCUCAGAAUUUGCUGGACGUCCGAUCUGGUGCUCUCCUCGCGAUUCGGCGACUUCACGAAACAUUUGGGCGAAGAGUGCAAACCGAUUUCCGGCACCACAACUACCACUUUUUUGCGAAACGUCAAAAAAGUGUCGGUCGUCGAGAAUGGCGUGUCGGGCAAUCAGUUGGUCGUCGAUACCGAGGUCGCCGAGUCCGAGUACGGCGUUGUGACGCUUUUGUUGCAAAAAUUGGGCGGAAAUGAGACGGAGGAGCCGAUUAGGUGAGUUUUGCGCAAGCGUCGUAAGGUCUGGCGCAUUGCACACACCGUGUUCACGGAUUGUGCACCAUGUCCGACGACAAUUGCAACGACGCCGAGUUUCGGACAAAUUUUUAGAAAAACCUUCGACACCGCCACGUCAAACGGACGGUUCGUGGUGCCGCUGGACGAGGAUGCGAUCUUCGCAGUCAGCUACCGCUACGUCAAGACAAAACCGUUCCACUACACGUCAAAAGCGCAUUUUCUGGUCGAGUCGCCGGCGGCCAACUCGUCAAAACCUAGCGUGCGCCUUGUGGACGUAUCCGUCAUUCCCACGACUUUCGAUUACAAGCACGACAAACCGGACACGGUCUUAGUGAGUUCAUAGACGCGAAAAACCGGCUUUUAAUAGUGUUUCCAUUGCAGAAACCCGAGCCGCCGUUCUUGAUGAUCGCGAAAAGUCGGCAUUUUGCGCACACCGAUUUGCUCGUCACAAUUGAGCCGUUUUGCAACGAGAGUGCGGUGAAAUUUCGGCUCGACGACCGCACUCCACAAUAUCAGAUCGAUGCGGUGCCGUUUUUGUGCGGCCUCGAACCCAAAAUGUACUUUUGCGACCGGAAUGCCACGUAUCACUCGUGCGAUUCGACACUGUGCUUCUCGACGUCCGCUCUCAUCGGACUCGACUCUUAUGCGUCGGAUGUGAGUCGAAAACGGUCUCCAGAGCUGUCAAUAUGGGCGUGGCGGCCUCGGCCAAAUGGCGUUUUCAUGGAUUGAGCACGUUUUCUCUGAUUUUUGUGGUCAAAGGCGAUGAAAAAUGAUUGUUCGACAUGAAAACACACUAAUUCUCAGAAUUAAUGACGUUUUGACGUUUUUUUUUCGCGGACUUUGCUUUUUCGCACUCGCCGCCAAAAACCGCACUUCUCAUUUUGCGCGCUUUCUUGACCGUUUUCAGACAGAAUUGGUUUUGAGAAUGAUAAAUCACGUAAAUACACGCAUUUUGAGCGUUCGAACCGCGAAAACUACCGAAAAGCAACUGAAAUUCACGCAGUUUUAGCCAAAAACCCUCAAACGGAUAAAUGUGAUUUGCGACUUGACCAAAUUUAACGCUCUUGCGCUUAAUAAAUUCGUAAUAGCCUAUACAAUCGGUCUAUCGAGAGAUAAAUCAGAAAUUAUCGGUUUUUCGUGGCUAAUCUGGCAAAAAACCACAAAUUUUGCUGUUAAAAUUUGAAUUUCGCGCCAAUGUAUCGCUCUAUUGGGCGGGGCGCGGCGCACUUGCGCCCAUUGUCAGCUCUGGAGACCGUGCUAUAGGAAGACAUCAAAAUUCGCAAAUUUUCCACAAUUUCCGAUAUAUUGUCCCGUUUCCAGACACGAUGCCUGAACGUGACGCAACACUUUCCGCCACUCCGCUCCACUUCUUCUUCUUCUUCCACUUCUUUCACUUCUUCUUCUUCGUCCCUUCUGCUCACUCUCCUCGUCUGCGUCUCUCCUCUUCUUCUCUCACCCUCUCUCUAA